CCCAGCGAGCGGCGGCGGCGGGCGGCAGGUACGUGCGCGCGCCCCCCUGCGAGGCGGGUGGCGGCUGCUCGAGGUGAGCGCGCUCUUAAAGGGCCCGCGACGGCCGCCCACCCCGCCGGUAGCGCGGUCGGCGCGGCCUGCGCACGGGAGAUGGCCGGGCCCAGCGAUGGCGAGGGGCCCGCGGGGGUCCGACGUGCGGCCGGCAGGGAGUGAUGGCUCCUGGUCGUUGCCCCGGCGGGAGGAUGGCGGCAGGGAGAGCGCAGAGCGUCUGCAUGGUGUCGGACUUCUUCUACCCCAACAUGGGCGGCGUGGAGAGCCACAUCUACCAGCUGUCACAGUGCCUCAUCGAGCGCGGCCACAAGGUGCUGGUGGUCACCCACGCCUACGGCGGCCGUAAAGGCAUCCGCUACCUGACCAACGGGCUGAAGGUGUACUACCUGCCCCUCAGGGUGAUGUACAACCAGUCCACCGCCACCACGCUCUUCCACAGCCUGCCUCUGCUCAGGUACAUCUUCGUGCGGGAGCGAGUCACCAUCGUCCAUGCCCACAGCUCCUUCUCGGCCAUGGCGCAUGAUGCGCUCUUCCAUGCCAAGACCAUGGGGCUGCGCACGGUGUUCACGGACCACUCGCUCUUUGGCUUUGCGGAUGUCAGCUCUGUGCUCACCAACAAACUCCUGACCGUGUCCCUGUGCGAUACGAACCACAUCAUCUGCGUCUCUUACACCAGUAAGGAGAACACGGUGCUGCGAGCGGCGUUGGACCCCCGCAUCGUCUCCGUCAUCCCCAAUGCUGUGGAUCCCACCGACUUCACCCCAGACCCGUCUAGGAGAGAUGACAGCACUGUAACGAUCGUGGUGGUCAGCAGGCUUGUUUACAGAAAAGGUAUAGAUUUGCUUAGUGGUAUAAUUCCUGAGCUCUGUCAGAAGUAUCCAGAGUUACAUUUCCUAGUUGGAGGAGAAGGACCAAAACGAAUUGUACUCGAAGAAGUGCGGGAAAGAUACCAGCUACAUGACAGGGUACGUCUCCUAGGAGCCUUGGAACACCAGGAUGUUCGAGAUGUUCUAGUCCAGGGUCACAUUUUUCUCAACACUUCCCUCACUGAAGCCUUCUGUAUGGCAAUUGUGGAAGCAGCAAGCUGUGGUUUACAGGUUGUGAGUACAAGAGUUGGUGGGAUUCCUGAGGUGCUUCCAGAAGAUCUCAUUAUUUUAUGUGAACCUUCCGUGAAGUCUUUGUGUGAUGGACUAGAAAAGGCAAUUGCCCAGCUCAGAUCAGGAAAACUGCCAUCUCCAGAAAGUGUUCAUAACAAAGUGAAGACAUUUUAUACGUGGAGGAAUGUAGCAGAGAGAACUGAAAAAGUGUAUGAGAGGGUUGCAGAUGAAGUGGUUUUACCAAUGGAUGAGAGACUUGACAGACUCAUGUCUCACUGUGGCCCAGUGACUGGGUAUAUUUUUGCUCUUUUUGCUGUUCUGAACUUCCUUUUCUUGUUGUUUCUGAGGUGGAUAACUCCAGAUUCCAUUAUUGAUGUUGCAAUGGAUGCCACAGGUCCUAAUGGUGCAUGGACUAAACAGUAUUUUGGGGGGAAAAGAGGAAGAGUUAAAGAAGAACCUCCAAGCUCCAAAAGUGCUCAGAUGGAAAUUAAAAAUGCACCAGUCCCUAGAGGUUUUAAGGCUUGCUGAUAGAUAUUACUACUUAAGUUCUUCAGUUUCUUUCUGGAGUUCUUUGAAAGAAACUUGAUUAAAAUGUACUACCUCAAUUUAGGAUUAUGUUCUAAUUUAGUUUUGAGUUCUUGAAAGUAUACGAACAUCACUUUUGCACUUAAAGCUGAGGGAGAACAUGGAUUUUUUAUGUGUCAAGAGCCUUUGAGACAAAAAAUAUUUUUUUUCUCUGUAAAUUGAAUAUUACAGACUGAGUAUAAGCUUUUGUGGUAUUUUGAGAAGCAAAACAGAAAAAUUAUUAGUUUACUGUAAUCUAUAUAAAUUCCUUAUAAUUACUGCGAUUUUUUGAGACCUAUCUAAACAAAACAUACCUUUUCUUUCCUAAGAUGAAAAUGGCACUUGAAAACACUCCUAAAUUCUUUAUUAUUCUCAAAUUCUGUAUUACUUUGAAUUCAUUAUUAUCAUAGAAAUUUCAGAGACUUAGUUCUAUCAGUUGUGUCCCAGUGAUAGUGUUUUGCCUGCACAGCCUUAUAAUUUUGAAUUCCUUUAUGAAAUUAGAAAAUCAGAUUAUCCUGUUAUUAAAACUCCAUAAUGAGUUUUUGAUAUUUUCAGAAUGGCUGAAUUUGUCCUCCUAACAUACACAUAAGAAAGAGAGGCAAAACUUAAGACUUUUUUUUUUUAAUUAUUUUUUCCUUAAAAUACAUAGGUGGCUUUUUAAAAAAUAGAAAGGUGAGGGGAUGAUAUUGUUUAGCCAUUAGCAUAAUAUAGUAUAGCCUUCAGAACCAGCUCAGGCCUGAAAACACCUCCAGCAGACUAUGCCAAAGCAUAAAGUAAUGUGUGUGUGUGUGUGUGUGUGUUUAUAUGUGUGAAUGACAGAGAGAAAUCUGUGAGAGCUUAACAAGCCUUAACAAGCACCAUCCUACUCUUAUUUGUUAUUAUUUUUUUCCAUUUGCCAUUCUUCUGCUUUUUAUGUAAAUGGCAUUACAGUCCAUCUCUGGGAGGGACAGUGUUAGCAUGUGUGAUUUCACUGAGACCACACCAGAAGCACUGUCAGACAGGUUCUGCAAGUUAACUUUAGAGAAGGCACCCCUUCAAUGGGAGUAACCAAUAGAUAAGCUUUUCUUGAAGGGAAAAAAAAGUUCCUUGCACCUGUUAGCUGUAAGUUAUUUGUAAUAGGAACAGCAGAACAUGCAGAUGUGAGAGGAGGCAAACCUCUCACUGAUGUCAGACAACCAUCAGACUACCCCCUGCCUAAUGCACCAGCCUGAUUUCUUUUUCAACUGAAAAAAUGAUGAUUUUUUUUGACCCUCAGUAUUAUGUAGUUGGACACUGUUUUAGUGUUAAAACUGUGCAAUAUGAAAAUACUGUUUUCAAACCCUUGAAGGGUAGUAUUUGAAACACAGCUUUUGUCAGUGUCAUCUUGUCAGUUAGGGUACAUUAUUGCUAGAGAAACAUUUGAUAAUUUAAUUGACCGUAUAUUCACGAAACUUGGAAAUAUUAUGUGAAAUACAUGCUACUUACAAAGUAUUUUCUUUUAAUAGCAUUUUUUAGCUUUUGAUACAUAAUGUAAAAUAUGCAUUGUCUUACAACUUGAAUCUUUCUCUAUGUUAACAGUGGAGUUCAGCUAAAAUGGUGCCACAUGUUAUGGUAAAUGGGUGGAGAUAAGGUAAUGUUUUACUUACAAAAGUUACUUACUUUUUUAAAUAACAACAUUCUAGUUUAUAGCAGCUCUUUAAAAAAAAUACUGAUUAUAAUUCCAGGAAGAUGUUAUGCAAUUUUUUAAAUAAUUUAUUGAUUCCGGUUUAUUUCUUUUGGUUUCCCACAACAGCUACAAAAACAGACGUAAUUUUCAGUAGGAUUAUGAUAAUCUAUUAAAAAAAAAAUCUAUUUUUUCUUUUGUGGAACAUUGUGUACUUACAACAAAAUGGUUCAUCUAAAUGUUUAUUUCAUUUUCAAUAAAGAAUGGGUAUUUUUCAUUAGUAUGUGGAAAUAUACAAUUAGAAAGUAUAGGAAUAUACUGCAUACUGCUGCUUGUCAUCAUUUGUGGUUGGGCUUACAGUGAUGACUUAGUGAUGACUAAAAACACUUUGCAUAAGCGAAAAUAUUUAAGCCAUAACUGGUUUUACUACACAUAUACUGUUUCCCAAUGCAUGUAACUCUUUGAUUCACUUACCUAUCUUGUGCAAUAGAGCAAGGGGUGAUGUCACCAUCACUCAACCAUUUACAGUUUUGUAAAGCAGCAGUGAGUGAAAUGGAAAACUUUGUUUGAAGGGAGCACAAUAAUGAGAAGUUGAGCAGAGGUGUUGUUUUAUUCAUUUCCAAACACAUAUUCCUAAAAUACAAUUUAAUAAAACCGAAAUGUUUCCGUUAUGGUUGUGGGUGACAUUUGAGUAUUGUGAAAUACUGAGAAAAUGUUACCAACCAGGGAGUGAUACUGAGUAACAUCUUGCAUCAAGCAAAGCCUCCUGUGUGGAGGAGGAGGGAAUGCACCAAACCCUUCUGUAUAGAAGCUUAAUUGCCCCCCUUCAUAGAAGGGACUACCCAAGUGCACCCAGAAGUGUUUUGAACUACUUCAUUUUAGCGGUGAAAAUUUUGCAUCGAUCCAUAUUAAAAUUCUAUCACACAGAUACAAGGAGAAGUUGUGUUUCCAGUACACUAUUUGCAGACACUGUGAAGUAUAGACUGCAUGCUGGUAGUUGAAAAUUGUGUUAAACCAGAGCAAGUAUAAAGUGAAGUGUGAAUGUAAGAUUUGCCUUUUAGACUGUGUUUUAGAGGAUAUGGGUAGAUCUGUAAGAAGCUGGCUGCACUGUAAUGAACUUACUUUUUUGUGAUCUAGCUUUUCUUCAUCUUUAACAAAUAAACUUAUUUUUUCUCCUUUUGAUAUUUAUGUUGUUUUGCUAGUCCUUUUAUUCAUAUGUACUUAGGCUCAUUUAUUGUAAAAUUUCAGUUACAUAAAAACUCACUGUAAACAAACAUAAGAACAACCCAUCCUGAAAGUAUUUCACAAAUGUUUUUUUAAAGAUCAAUUUAACAUAUUUUUAAUAUAUUGCUUGACUUACUAUCAUUAAACUACUCUUGUCAUAUUUGCUCUGUAUUUUUCAUGACACCCAGAAGUACAUUGACUUCUAUAGUUUUUCUAAUUAUUCUCACACUGAUGCAGUCACUUGGAUGAAAGGGAUAUACUUUUUGU